AAAAGAUUGAGAAAAAAAAUAACAGUUAUUAUAGAUUUUAGUUUUUGAAAUACUAUCGGUUGAAAGAUACUACCCUAAUUUAGUAUACCCCUUUAAAUAGACAUUGUAGGUAUGUGCAGAAUGAACCAAAGCACAAUGGAGUUACGCUCUAAACAAUUGAAAAAAGCAGAAAACAAUAGCGACGAUGUUAUUAGUACUUUACCUGAUUCUGUACUGUGUCAUAUACUCUCCUUCCUUCCAACGAGAACCUCCGUAGCAACGAUGAGCCUCGUAUCUCGCAGGUGGCGCUACCUCUGGAAACAUCUCCAGGUCUUCGAUUUCUUCGUCGACUCAUCUUGUUACUGUGAACAACCCAAUUUUUUCAGAAGUUUUGCCUUUUACGUCUAUUCUGUUCUCUCUCUCCGCAAAUCCCGCGACAUUCUAAAGUUCAAUCUCAACUGCCAAGGCAUCUCCGAUAAUGAUAAUUUUCCCCGAGAUUGUAUCGACAUGUGGCUCCGUGCCGCCAUUGGACCCUACCUUCAAGAACUUUCUAUCGUAGUUUCAGACUGCUGUGGAGAUCAAAUCUUAAACCUCCCUUCUUCCCUCUUCGAUUGCACCAACCUCGUCUCCCUAAGUCUUGACGGUGCAAUCUGUAUCAAAGUUCAAAAUUCUUCGGUUCGUUUUCCAUCACUGAAGAUGUUGGAACUCUCCCAUGAUGAUGUUGUGAAUUCAGAAGUAGGUGCCUUUCUCGCAUGCUGCCCUGUGCUCGAAACUCUGGAUAUUGACUAUAUCUCCAGCUAUUCGGCCAUAACUCCUGUGCCACCUCGCUCCAACAGAUUGAAAUUUACCGGCGGGAAUUUCUCUUGGACCUACAUUGAAAUCGGUUGCAGUUGUUACUCUAUCACCAACUACCCCAACAUCAUAUUAGGCAUCAUUGGCAACUUGCAGAGUGCGUCGGAAGCAUAUUUUGAUGUCUUUUUCCUUCAUCAAACUGAAUUUGGCGACCCGAUUGUCGACAAGUUCCUAAAUGACCACCUUGAUAUAUAUCUACGGUUGUGUCAUUCAAAAUCAAAGUGGCCACUUCAUGCCCCUGUUCUAAAUUGUCCAGAAUUUCAUAAUUUACAUCAUCUAAAGUUCAUUCUUCCUUGUUUCAACUCAAAUCUUCUCAUCAGUGUGCUUGAGAAAUGCCACAUGCUUCAAGUUCUCGUAAUUCAGAGUUGUAAGGAGGAACCAUUACCUUUAAGAACAUGGGAGCCGAAGUCUACAACAGUUCCUAAAUGUCUCAAAUCCCAGUUGAACUACAUUCACAUAAAAGGAUAUCAAGGAUUUGAAGAUGAGCUGACAUUUGCUGAAUAUAUUUUGCGGAACGGGCUUGUUUUGAAGACAAUGCUUAUUUUUGUUGAUACAUCGAUGGACAAAAACAACAAGUACCUUUCUCUCAAAAGAUUAGCAGCUGUACCAAAGGGCUCAGUUACAUGUCAACUUAAAUUUGAUGCAGCUGUGUUUCCUUAAAGUGCAAACUCUCACUGUCUAUUUUUUGUCUUAUUGAAUCAAAGUUGAUUAAGGUUGGCUUUAGUCCCGAGUUUCUA